AUGCAGCGUGACGAGCCGACUAACCUACUACGUCUAUCGACUGCGCUUAAGAUAUUUUGUGGAAGCUCCGUGCAGCUUGAGCUACUACCCCGAGCUGAAGUCCUACUUCAAGAGUAUCUUCUUGAAUUCAAACGGAUGUAUGGCGAAGGAUCCAUGAAACCCAAUUUUCACUGGGCCGUUCACCUCGCCCAGCAAAUCAGAGACUAUGGGCCUGUAUACAACUUCUGGGCGUUCCUGUCCGAGCGACUCAACAAGGUUCUGAAAAGUUCUAACUCAAACAACUGGACAGGUGGGCAGGUCGAAAUCUCGAUGAUGAGGGAGUUCAUGCGUGCAGGACAAAUUGAUUCCAUGGCUCGUGGCGCACUUCAAACAACCCAAAGUCCCAUCAUCGAGUCGGUUUUGAAACGGAUGCUCGGUGAAGGUCAGGAGGCCCUUGGAACCGUCCAAGAUGCAGCAGGGGAUAUUGAACUAGAUGGUAUGUCGUGUGCUCUCAUUCAUUGUUUGGCUACUUACACUCGAGACAGAAUUACGAAGCUACCUGCAUGUCCAGCCUGGCCCCGCAUCCAUGCACCCACAGCGACUCAACGACAGCGCCCGAGCAGCGUUACAUUCGCAAUACAAUGCACGACAUCCUCACAGCCGUUGAAUCCGCCUCCUCAAUCCUUACCACUCAACGAUUUUGCAGUGUUUUACGACUUCGCGCUUUUAGAUGGCCGCCGAAUCACGCCCGCUUCAAAAAGUACUCGCGAAUCCUUUGGAUCUUCAUUAAUAAAGGCAAGAGUUGGCCCCAACUUUUACUAUGGCGAGAUUAUUAGUAUUUUUUCUCAUGUUCAACCGAACGCCUCAGAUGGUUCACAGCUUCAGGCUGAAUUCAGGUGGAUGAAGGAACUUGCUUUGUCUCCUGUGCAGGAUGACCCAUGGAGCGAAUUUCCUGAACUCAAUGUAACGUGUUUUGCACUCAACGAGUUCUGGGGACCGCAAGAAGCAGGCUCGCCACCCUGCGUUCUGCCGUUUGAUUGCAUCACUUGUCAGAUCGCUCGAGGAGUUGUGACGACAACAAAUCCACAAAUGUGGAUCACAACUUCAUUGGAUAAGGUACGUUAG